CUUGUACCAGGUUGCCCCGCUGCUGUUGCGGCGUUCUUCAUGUUUGAAGGUUACAGCUGAAGCUACAAGUUCUACGUAUAUAUGGCGGAGGAAAGAUCCAGCUCCGCUGAUCUAAAGCCUUUCUCUGACAAGUAUUUCAAGACCUUCCUGAAAUGGUCCUUUCCUCCCCUAAUUUGCGCUGUAUGCUUUUUCUUUCAAAGCGUAAUGUUGCACAUGACCACAGUAAAAUACGUCCUGCUGCACGACAAGAGCCCUCUCCAUGAUGAUCUAGGCCAUGAGCUAUUCAAGAAGGAAACUGUGGCAAUGAAAGUCUUGGAUGCUUUGUCUGUGGCUCCUCCUCUUCUGGUCAUUGUGGGCAUACUGCUUUUGCGUGACGCGAGGCUUUGGGCGAAGGUGUUCUUCAGCAACGCAAUCCUCUUCGUUCUCAAAGGUUUAUUCGACUGGAUGACAGUACUCCCAGAUUCGAUCGGCUUCGGAGCAUGCAAAGAGAGGCUGGGGGAUGAACCGCUGAAGUACCUGGAACGCAUGGGUCAACUCAGUGGCACCGAGUAUUUUUCAGCUUUGCUUGAGCUGGAACUUUAUGGUGUUGGGAAGGUUCGGCCUGUGCGAUACUGUGCUGAUAUGCUCAUGAGUGGUCAUACCUUCGUAACGGUUCUGUACAUGUUGGCUCUGGCUGAUUUGGUGCGGCGCAUCACCAUUUUGAUGCCUCCAAUCCCCAGAGUGAUAUGGAGAAUUUCUAUGGGCAUUUUUGCAGCUCUCUGCGUGGGAGCAGAUUUGUAUUUGAUUGUCAAGACCCGCUUCCACUACACCGUUGAUAUUGUCAUGGCAAUUGGGAUCACCCUCCUCAUUUACACGAAUGCUGGAAUGGCUCUACUUGCCCAGUGGUAUGCAUCAGACGGGAAGAGGAACUCUGCUGAAGCCGAUAUCGUUUGGUUGCCAGCAAUAUUGAUUCCUUUCUGCUGCUUACAUGGAUACUACUCAGUCAGAGAGAUGGAGGAUCAGCAAGUUGCUGACCUACAGGCGCACUUCCGAUGGCUUUCGGGUGUCCGUUGAGGAUCACAUCAGUUUUCUACCAGGAAGUAUUGGUAUCCAUAACUUGCAUGGCAGAAUCCUUGGCAAAUAAUGAGAGCUCUACCUGGCAAUGGCUGACCGAAACCUUCAAGACAUCGUCAGAGGAGUCUCUCAGUCCGGAACAGGCGAACAGGCGGAGUUGAGAACUUGGCAACGACAUCAUAGGAUGCUGAUAGACAUCAUGGUUCCAAAAAGUAAAUCGCAACCGUUCAUACCAACCGAAAGGAGGUAACAGUAACAUUGGCUAUGGUUUGUCAUCAGAUUUACAAAAAAAUGCAGCUUCUUUUUGACAAAGUCCAAGUUCAGUACGGUUAUCUUCUAUGGAGUAGACAAAGCUGUGCCCUGUUUCCAGGUGCAGAGCUAUGGAAGUGCGCAGACAGCCCCAAAGAGUGAGGCUGAAGUCGAGGGAUCGGUCUGACAGUGAUGGUAUGCCGCACAGAUACCGGCAGGGAAAAGACCAUGCUGAUCCUGCUGUGCCAAAUACAUCCCCAAAUCAAUGGAAUCUCAUCAGAUUGAAAUGCCUUCCAGUUUCUUCCAGCAUUGAAAUGCAUUGACUUUCUGCAGCGUUUGAUUC